AUGUAUCGAAAUUGGUUGCCCAUCUCUACAGUAUUGUUUAGUAUCUCGCCCCCAAUUUUUCAUUAAAAUUUAUUAUAAGAAAAGUUAAUAGAAACAUACCAGUUGAAAUGAUUGAGAAAUAAUAUAGAAGCAGAAAGCAAAUGCGAUUUUGAAAGUGCAUUUUUAUGGCUAACAGUGAUUGAAAUUCUGUGACAAGAGGGGCGUUGACAUCGACUUGAAAUUAAGGGCGACAACAACAAAGAGACCAAAGCAACAAAAAUAGGAACAUACUCCAAAAAAACCAGCAGAGAAAAAAACAAACAGAAAAGUAUUAAGAAUGAGUAAUCAUCGAUACAAUCAUGGUGGGGGCGGCAAUUACAUGCAUCCCCGCAUGUCCUAUCCACAUCAUUUCACCUAUGUUAGCUCAUGUGUGAAAUAUAUGAUCUUUCUGCUGAACUUCAUCAUUUGGUUAUUUGGCUGUCUGCUCUUAGCCAUUGGAGUGUAUGCCUUUAUGGACAAGCUAAAAGAUGGCAACGGUUGGGUGCGAUUGGAAUCUGUUUACGAUGUGAUAUUCAAUAUAUCAUUAGUCAUGAUUAUUGCUGGCAUUGUCAUAUCAGUAGUCAGUUUUGCAGGCUGUUUGGGUGCAUUGAGGGAAAAUACAUGUCUCCUGAAAUUCUAUUCCAUGUGUCUGCUUAUGUUUUUCCUAAUGGAAAUGGCCAUAGCCAUCAUUUGCUUUGUCUUUCCGCAAAAUAUGAACUCAUUUUUGGAAUUUCAGUUCACCGAUAAAAUUAUUCAUCUGUAUCGUGAUGAUUCAGAUUUGCAGAAUUUCAUUGACUUUGCGCAGCAAGAAUUCAAAUGCUGCGGCUUAAGCACUGCUGGCUAUCAGGAUUGGAGUAAAAAUGAAUACUUUAAUUGCUCCUCACCAUCGGUGGAGAAAUGCGGUGUGCCAUACAGCUGUUGCAUUAAUGCCACCGAUAUCAGUUCGGGUCUUGUAAACAUAAUGUGCGGCUACGGCGUACAGGAGAGUUCUGUUGCAGCAGCCAGUAAACGCAUUUGGACAAAUGGUUGCAUUGACAUUGUACGGGUCUGGGCUGAGCGAAAUUUGUAUGUGAUUGCCGGGGUCGCCUUGGGAAUAGCUUUGCUGCAACUGUUUGUCAUCUAUCUGGCCAAAACUUUGGAAGGUCAGAUCGAAUUGCAAAAGUCACGCUGGUCGUGAGUGCCAUAUGAUCCGUAUAUAUACGGAUAUCCAUGCGAUGAAUUAUAUUACACGAACACUCGAAUGUGAGCUGCAGAGCUCGAAUAUGCUCAAAGGUCAUCAUUUUCUUUAUAUUUAUAAUCUGUUUAAUUUUCUUUUGGCUUGCCCUAUAUGUGUUCAGAUUCAGAUUAGUCGAUUUUAACCAAGGUUUUUCUUCAUGAUUUUUUCAACUUGUAUUAUCUACUUUUGUCUUGCCCUAAAAGUCUUCAGAUUACUCAAAUCUUUAUAUUAUUAAUGUAGUUUAAAACUAUAUAUUUCAUAUGUAUUUAUUUUUAGCAAUGCAAAUAAUCAUGAUGUAGUCAAAAAUUCAAAACCCUUUUAGAGUAAGCAAAUUACAAAAAAUUUAAUUGCAAUAAUUAUAUUAAUUCAAAAAGACAACAAACUCUCAAAUUUUUUCUCCAACCUUUCCCCUAAAUGUCUUCAAAUUACUCAGAUCCAUAUAACCAACCUAGUUUUAAACUAUAUAUUAUAUACAUAUGUAUUUAUGUUUAACAAUCUGUGUAGUCAAAAAUGAUAACUCUCUUUAGACUAAGCAAAUUUACAAAUUUCAUUUGUUUUUACAUUUGCAAUAAUCGUAUUAAUUGAACAAAAAAAAAAAAGACAAAACACACAUAAAUCUAUGUAUAUAAAGAUAAGCAUUAAUUUAAUUAAGGAAUGAAUAUGCAUUUAAAAAUGACAAAACAAAUACCAAAUUGCAAGAUGCACAUUCGUUGAACAACAAAACGGAAUGAAUAUAUUUAGAAUUAUGAACAAAUUUUCAAAAGUAUAUGUGUAAAAACUUGUUGUAGUACAUAUACAUAAAUACUUUAAAU